AUUCAUCGCCUCAGUUUGGCAUUCUAUUGCUAGAAAUUGAACACGAAACACGUAUCCAGAAUAUUCUGCUGGAAAAUUUUGAAAUUUUUUUGCUUCCGCUAAAAUCAAAUCGUCUUUGAAGUAUCUUUAACUAGUAUUAUUCGUAUAUUUUUGGUACUUUGUGUCGGGCUUAACGAAAAAUGAUGCUCUAAUGAGCGAGAUACGCGACUUCUUCAUCAAGACUCUGGACGAUGCGGAGGGCCUGCUAUCCAACAUGCUGAAGACUAAAGAUAUAUACAUCUACGAGCAUCUGAAGAGCCAAGAGCUGCAUCCGCAGUACUAUAGCUUUAGGUGGCUCACCCUCCUGCUCUCGCAGGAGUUUCCACUGCCCGAUGUGCUGCGAAUUUGGGAUUCGGUAUUCUCGGACGAGCAGCGCUUUAAUUUUCUCAUCAAAAUCUGCUGUUCCAUGAUAUUAAUCCAAAGGGAAGCAAUUUUGGAGAACGACUUUGCCUCGAAUGUGAAGCUGCUGCAAAACUAUCCACCCAUUGACAUAAACGUUGUGAUUACUCAUGCAGUCUCCCUGGCGUAGCACUCACUUUUAGUGAUACCACAGAUAUUACAUACAAUACCCGAUUCCGGGUAGAGUCUGACAAAGCAAUAAUCCACAGUUUCUAGUUAUCAUCUUCAAUAGUUCGAAGCCCAGGACCCAACAAAAGAUCGAACACUAGCGCUGUUUCUCUGUUUUAUACGUUAAAAUUUCAUAAUAAACGAAUGUGCCGCAUGUGUUUGUGUGGAGAUUACAUCUGCGAAAACCUAUGUAAUAUAGAGUGAUCAUAGCUCAAGUGUAAUUUUGUGUUCAUGUGUGGCGUCGUCAAAAAAACACAGUAAAAAAAUAUAUAUAACAUUGGA